AUGGGCGAUAGUCAAUACUCCUUCUCCCUCACCACCUUCAGCCCGUCAGGGAAGCUGGUGCAGAUCGAGUAUGCACUCAACGCCGUGGCUGCCGGUGCCACGUCGCUCGGCAUCAAAGCGACCAAUGGCGUGGUGAUUGCCACGGAGAAGAAGCUUCCUACAGAGCUCAUAGACGAGACCUCGGUGAAGAAGAUUCAACUGCUCACGGACAACUCGGGAGUUGUCUACAGUGGCAUCGGGCCUGACUCUCGGGUGCUAGUGAGGAAGAGCCGCAAGUCAGCACAGUCCUACUACAGUGUGUACAAGGAGGGCAUUCCAGUGUCGCAGCUGGUGCGGGAGACAGCGGCGGUCAUGCAGGAGUUCACUCAGUCAGGGGGGGUGAGGCCGUUCGGUGUGUCGCUGUUGAUGGCGGGGUAUGACUCACAGGGCCCGCACCUGUACCAGGUGGAUCCCUCGGGUUCCUACUUCGCAUGGAAGGCCUCCGCCAUUGGCAAGAACAUGACCAACGCCAAGACGUUUCUUGAGAAGAGGUAUACAGAGGACAUGGAGCUAGAGGAUGCGAUUCACACGGCCAUUCUCACUCUCAAAGAAGGGUUUGAGGGGCAAAUUGCAGGCGACAACAUUGAGAUUGGUAUUGUGGGCAGCGACAAGAAGUUCAGCCUUCUCCGCUGCUUUCCGUCCCUCUCCUCUCUCCAUAUGCACUCUCGCAAAAUCCACUUCACCUGCUCGCUGAUGCACCGUCUUCCACCUCCCUCCAUCUCCCUUCACCGCACUCCACCUCUCUCAGUGCGUGCGCUGCUAGCCAUCAACCGUGCUGUGAGGGCAUGGCCGAGCAACAGCAACCACUCGCUCUCCUGCAACCACUGGGCUGGAGUCACAUGCGACGCUCGAGGCUUCGUCACCCGUUUGGACCUGUCGCAAGUGGGGACGUUGUCAGGCUCACUGCCUCCUUAUGCACUCACCCAGCUAUGGCGCCUCACAUACCUGAGCCUGGCCAACAGCCCUCAAGUCCAGGGAAAGCUGCAUGCCGUCACCCUCCCACCAGCCCUUGCUUUCCUGGACCUCUCAUACACAGCUGUGUCCGGCGCCUUGCCCAACACUCUCUCCACCCUCACCAACCUGGCUUAUCUGGAACUCGCAUACACAUCCUUAUCAGGACAGCUGCCGUCCACGUUAUCUGCACUGUCCAAGCUCUCCCACCUGUGGGUCCCGAACAUUCACCUGCAGGGUGGCCAGGUGGGAGGCUCCAUCACCACGCUCACCUUUGUGUCUCACCUAACCCGCCUGCACACGCUGGAGCUCUUUGGAUUCGACGCCAUGACAGACGGCCACAUGACCUCCCUCAGCGGCCUCUCCACCCUCACCCGCCUGCAGAAGCUCACCUACUUCAGGAAUGUGUCUUGCAACUUCGCCAACCCCUUCCCCAACACACUCCUCUUCACCAACCGCGCCCUCUUCUCCCACUUCCCCACCGGGCACCGAUCUCAACCCCUCUACACCGCCAGGGACCUGUCUUACAACUACUUUUCCGACUUCCCAACCUGGAUUGUUGACCUCACCCGCCUCCAGUACAUAGACGUGUUGCACCAGUACAAGCAGCGCCGGGGCUACAUUCCCCGCGACCUUGACAGGCUCACCGGCCUCCGCACCUUUCUUGCUGUCGGCAACGGCCUGUCGGGCUUCCUCCCAGAGACGUGGAGCGGACUCACUGCACUGGAACGCCUCGAUCUGCAAGGGAACAAGCUGGAAGGCUCCAUUCCAGGCAGCUACUCCGUUCUUAAAGCCCUUACCUACCUCAACCUCAACACCAACAGGCUCUCAGGGACGCUUCCUCAAGUUUUCUCGUCCAACUUAGAGACUCU